AGCCUCCUCGGCGGCGGAGGAGGAGGGGGCAGAGUGAGGCCUUCGAGGCCGCGGAGAGACAGAGGCCGGGAAAAGAUGAUGGCGGCGCCGCCACCACCCGGACCACCACUCCCGCCGGCUGUGGCGCCGGCGGGGGGAGCGGGACCCGGGGUGAAGACAGGGGAGGAGAAGAUGAAGGAGAUGGAGGCGGAGAUGGCGCUGUUCGAGCAGGAGGUCCUGGGUGCUCCAGUGGCCACUCCAGCUGUCACGGCAGCACCAGAGACAGUGCCUGUGACACUGAUCCCGGUACCGGUCGCCCGCCCGAUCAUCGGAACCAACACGUAUCGGCAGGUCCAGCAGAGCCUGGAGGCCAGAGCCGCAGCUGCAGCCACCGUGAUGCCUCCACUCCUGGGACCUCCAUCACCGUUUGUCGGACCAGCUAUGCCGCCUCCCAGACAAGCUCCUAUUGUGCGGCCUGUGUUUGUUCCUCAUGUAUUACAGAGACCAGCUGGUCCCAGGAUUCCCCCGAUGAGGCCACCACCUCCCCCUCCCCUGAUGGGACCUCCGAUGCGGACCCCUCCCCCGCUCAUGAUGGGCCAUCCAAUGGCUCCGCCUCCUCCAAUGGGCCCGAUGCAUCCUGUGCGUUACUCCAACGUGAACCAGCUGCCACCCUUGAUGCCAGUGCACCCACCAGUAUUGCAGCCGGUGCCCAAGGUAAACUUGACCAUUAUCCAGGCAGCACCCACCGUCUACAGACCUCCUGUGGUGAAGCCCAAAGAGCUGGAAAUUCCUGAGCCUCACUUGCCGGCCAUGUUGGAGGACAAAGACCAUAUUAGCGCAGACGAAAGCCUGAUUGGGCCGACCAUGCCCGAAAUGGAGCCUCCGCACGUUGAGACCCGGCCCGUGAUCUUCCUCCAGGUUGGGGAGGUGGUGACCGAAGACAAGAAGAAGAGCAAGCAAGAGAGGACAAAGCGUUGUAUUCGGACGGCAGCCGGGAUUUCGUGGGAGGAUCCGAGUCUGCUGGAAUGGGAACACGACGAUUUCCGGAUCUUCUGCGGGGACCUGGGGAACGAGGUGAACGACGACAUCCUGGCCCGAGCCUUCGGAAAAUACCAGUCCUUCCUCAAAGCGAAGGUCAUCAGGGAUAAGCGCACAGGCAAGACCAAGGGGUACGGCUUUGUCAGCUUCAAGGAUCCCAAUGACUACGUGAGAGCGAUGAGGGAGAUGAACGGGAAGUACGUGGGAAGUCGGCCGAUUAAGUUGAGGAAGAGUAUGUGGCGGGAUCGGAAUCUGGACGUGGUGAGGAAAAAACAGAAGGAGAAGAAGAAGCUGGGACUGCGGUGAGCGACUACGGAGGGCGGCGCAGAAUCUUCAUGCCCCUCCCCUCUCCUCCCAGUCCCACCACCUGCCGGACACUGGGUGACACGGGGCGGACUCAAGCCUGGAGAUGGCAUGUGAUGUCCUCCCUCCCUCCAUCCCUUCCCCUCUCCCACCUCCCUCUCUCCCUCCCUCCCUCUCUCCCUCCCUCCCCCUCCCUCCCUCUCUUCUUCCUUCCCUCCCUCUCUCUCUCUGUCCUUC